AGGAACCUGGUGGGAAUUUGGUCGCACGCUAUUCCCAACUACCCCGUGGGUCAUACACAAAAUAUACGCCGCGUCAGGCGGGCCAUCGAAGAGGCCAUAAAGGCUCGUGGUUGCGGUGGACGCCGCGCCCUGCACCUUGUGGGUUCCUCUUUUGACGGUGUUGGUGUGGGUGACUGCGUGACAAGUUCUGUCAGGGCUGUCCUCAACGUAUCCCAGACAACGCCCUCUGAAGAGGCAGCUUCUUUGUGA